GCGAGCGCUCGCGGAAGGUCGUUGUUUGUUGUCAUAGUAGUAAACUGUGACAGUUUGUGUACGUGUUGCUUGUAGAGUGGUGUCUGUUUCUGUGCGCGAGUUUUGCGUUGUUAUGGCGUCCACGGCGACGGAUUUCCCACCGCCUACGUAUUCUUCAUCGUAUUUUCUUCGUAACGUCGUGAAAGAGGGAAAUAGAAGGAAGGAUUCCGGUUCAUGUACGGAGUCUGGGACAACCGCUCCACUCCUGGGUUGCUUUAUCACGGCGUUCCUGUCGAAGCGACUCGCCGACGGCUCGAGCGGACGCAAGGCCGAUGGACCAGCGCUGUGCAGUGAUGCUGGGACGGGCGAGAAGGGGCUGGACCUGAGCGAGCUGUGGCGCUCCCAUGGCCGCGGCGACGCCGCCCCCGCGCACUCCGCCGUCGGCACGUUCAAGCGGUGGCGGCGGGGCGCCCGCGCCGCCCCCAAGCCCGCCGCCCCCGCCGCCUCCGAGGACGCGCCGGCGGCCUCCGAGCAGGACCGCUCGCUCCUCAAGUUCCUGGCGCUGAACGCGCUGGACCUGACGGCGCCCGCCAGCGACAUCCUGCUGAAGAACCGGCAGAACGCGUGGUUCCAGCUGUCGGGCCACCCGGACUGCUUCGCGCCGGCCGGCCCGGGCACCAUCUGGAAGAAGCGCAGCGGCGGCGCAGAGAACGCGGAGCGCGAGGCGUACGAGGCGCUGGGCGCAGACCCGCUGGCCCGCGACAUCGUGCCGCGCUACUUCCGCGAGGUGGAGUACCGCGGCGAGCGCUUCAUCGAGCUGCAGGACCUGCUGCACGGCUUCACCGACCCGCACGUCAUGGACGUCAAGAUGGGCACGCGCACCUUCCUCGAGUCGGAGGUGCAGAAGACCGCGGCCAGACACGACCUCUACCACAAGAUGGUGCAGGUGGACCCCAGCGCCCCCACGCGGGAGGAGCACCAGCAGAAGGCGGUCACCAAGAUGCGCUACAUGCAGUUCCGUGAGCAGCAGAGUUCCACGUGCAGCCAGGGCUUCAGGAUAGAGGCCAUGAAGUUCCGCGGCAUGCCGCCCGUCAAGGACCUGAAGAAGGUGAAGUCGCGCGAGGAGGUAAUGGCGGCCAUGGCGCUGUUCCUCGCCGGGCGCGAGGACACGCGCUGCAGACUCGUGGAGCGUCUGCGCGAGAUCCGCGCCAAGUUCGAGCAGUCGCCGUACUUCCGCAGCCACGAGGUGGUGGGCAGCAGCAUAUUCAUGAUCUACGACGACUCGAAGGUGGGCGCGUGGAUCAUUGACUUCGCCAAGACGCACCCGGCGCCCGGCGGCGCGGCGCUCGACCACCGGAGACCCUGGGUGCAGGGCAACCACGAGGAGGGCUUCCUCUACGGCCUGGACAGCCUCAUCAGCGUCCUGGAGGAAGUGAAGUUGACGGAACUCCCUGCGGACACCAGUGCUGUUUCGCUGAAGUCUUGAACACGGGCAGGAGUCUCGAGAUGGACACCUCGAACUUUGUUCUGCAUCUGCGUCUGGGAGAUGAGCUGAAGUGUUGGGGCGAGAGGAGUCAUGGAAGGCAGUUUUACAUAGUCGGAGCAAGAUUUGCAGCGGAUUCAGCAAGAUGUUUAUGAAGUUAUUGUGUGUGCAGUCGGGCAGGUUGUUCACCGUGUGAUUUUACUUUUGUAUGGUUUCGUAGCCUUUAAUUUUUUUUACCGUUAAGUUCUGUCCUCAUAGAAGGGACCUAAGUUGAAAAUUUCUAGUCAGGGAGCAUCUACGUGCAUUUAUAACUUGUACAUUCACGACAUGUAGGCAGUUGUACUGUGAAAGUUUUGUGUGAACGACACAUUGUCUAUGACAGGCAAAAAUAACAAUGCCUUGUUGUCUUCUUUAGAAUAACAAAUUUUGUUCUGCAUUGCAUGUGGCUUUUGUAACCAAAGAAAUUCCUUGAUUUUUUUUAUUUAGAAUAACAAUUUUUGUGAGGUCUUGCAUAUAAUUUGUGCAACAGGUAAGAUGCGUAUUGUGACAAGAAAAAUUAACAUGUAUGUGGGAAUAAACUCAUGUUGCCCAUAAAAAAAAUAGCACAUUUUUGUUUACAUUAACAAAUCUUUUGCUUUAUUGUAUGUGUCGUGUGCAACUUGCAAACUGAUACAUAAAAAGAAACUGCAUAUUGUUUAGAAUUCCAAAUCUUGUGCUGUAUUACAUCUGUAUCAUGCAGUCUGCUUAUUUCAUUUACAACAAUAUGAAUGCUCUACAUUUUGAAUACCAAAUCUAGGGCUUUAUUGCUUUUGUUGUAUGAAAAAUGCAAGUUUUUAAAUACAACAAAAAACUACAUUAUUUUAUUUGUAAUAACAAAUUGUGUAUACUGUUGUAUAUCUUCUGCAAUUUGUACAUUGUCUUAUGCAACCAAAAAUAUGCCUUGAUUUUUAUUUGAAACUAAAAGUCUUGUUUAGUUUUCCAUGUUUAAUGCAAUAUAAAUAUUGCAUAUUAAAACUUAAACGCCUUAUGAAUUUUGUUUAGGACCUGUUUCACUUUUUUUUUUUUUUUUUUCAUUCCUAACAGUAACAUUGUAGAUAAUGAAAUUGUGUUGUAUGGCAUGACUGUGUUCCCUAAUAUUUAUAAACAAUACAGACAUUGUAUUGGAAAUGCUGGUAAAAGUACAUUCUAGUCUUUGAAUAAUUGGAUGUAUGCAUGUGUUAUGUAAAUUUAUUAAUGCUUUUUAUGUAUAUUACAUUAACUUUUAAAUGUGUCAGUAAAUAAACUUAUUUAUAGAAAA